AUGUCUACCGCUGAGCUUGCGACGUCCUAUGCGGCCCUGAUCCUCGCCGAUGACGGUGUUGAGAUCACUGCCGACAAGAUCCAGACCAUCAUCAAGGCCGCCGGCAUUGAGGAUGUCGAGCCUAUCUGGGCUUCCCUUUUCGCCAAGGCUCUCGAGGGCAAGGAUGUGAAGGACCUUCUUUCCAACGUCGGCUCCGGUGGUGGUGCCGCCCCUGCCGCUGCUGGUGGCGCUGCUGCUGCCGCUGGCGGUGCUGCUGAGGCCGCUCCCGAGGAGGCCAAGGAGGAGGAGAAGGAGGAGUCCGACGAUGACAUGGGCUUCGGUCUCUUCGACUAA